UUAAAGAUGGCGGCGGCUCUGCACGCUGCGGACGGCUCUGUGUUUUUUGCGGCGUUGUGCGGUUUCGCCGCCGUUAGUCACGAACGGAGAGCUCCGGUCUGGGUGUCAUGAGGAGCCGGUCACGGUGCAGUGCUACCGGAUGCCGCGCGUGAACCGGACGGCGGUGGUGACGCUGCUGCUCGUCUGCAGCUCCGCCUUCCUGCUGCUGCAGCUGUACUACUACCGGAACUACGUCAGCACGAUUUCCCAUCAUGCAUUUCUUCUGCAGGCUGGCCCUCACAUCCUGAGCCGAACAGGACACCUAACCGCCAACGACCUCCAAUGGCAAACGGUGAAGAAGUUUCUGGGGUUAGCUCGGCACUUCAGGCUGCCGCUGUUCCUCGCCGACACCGCCGCCCUGACGCUGCUCUCCCACGAUGCUUUGCGGCAGCGUGACCGGCUGGUCCGUGAGCCGCACUGCAGCUUCCUGUGCACGGGCCGGCCAGUCACGUCCUUCGCUCUGCACGCCAACCUGUGGAAGUACGAUCCCGGCUUCCUAUUGGCUGCUGAGCAGAAAGGCUUCGAGCUGCUGGAGCUGCGAGGAGAGGACCCCCGAUUGGCCAGUCUGGACAACCUAUCAGGAGAGGAGAUCCCCCUCCACUUCCUGUUCCGCCUCAACGGUUACAUCAUACAGGUGGUGUUCCUGUACGAGCGCAGCGGGAACUACCUGUGGCACGGAGAGCUGCGGCUCAAAAACAACGUGGACCGAAGCUUUGCUCCCUUCAAACUGCUCGACUACGGACGCCACGCUGGAUCUUACGACAGGCCGGAGCUGGUCCUGACGGUCCUUGACGGCCUGGACGUUCGAAUCCCGGGCAACGUUUCUCGUUUCCUGUCCGAGCAGCUACAGGCUCGCUUCCUGGAGUGCCGUUACCGUGACGCCCGCAACUUCCUGCAGCUCUACCCUGAUGACACGUCUCCAGAGGCCGUGGAUUUUCGGAAGAAGGUGAAGUCGUUGCUUCAUUUAGCCGCUCGAAUACUCGCUCAGCUCGACAUCCCGUUCUGGCUCAGCAGCGGCACCUGUCUGGGCUGGUUCAGGCAGUGCAGCGUCAUCUCGUACAGUCGAGACGUCGACAUCGGUAUUUUCAUCAAGGACUUCAGGUCGGACAUCAUCGCAGCGUUCAGGAACGGCGGACUGUCACUCAAACACAAGUUUGGAAAGGCGGGGGACAGUCUGGAACUAUCAUUCCUGAGUGACGACGUCAAACUGGACAUUUUCUUUUUCUACGAGGACGGAGACAUCAUGUGGAACGGAGGGACGCAGGCGAAGAGCGGCAAGAAGUUCAAGUACAUCUUCCCUCGGUUCUCUCUGUGCUGGGCGGAGCUUCUGGAGCUAAAAGUUCGCGUUCCCUGUGAAACGCUCGACUACGUCACGGCGAACUACGGCGCCUCGUGGAGCGUCCCCGUGAGGAGCUGGGACUGGAAGUUGUCGCCUAGCAAUGUGCAGGAAAACGGGGUGUGGCCUCCGGCAGAGUGGGCGGAGCUUAUCCAGGUUUACUAAGAGGAAUCGUGACUGAAAAUAAAAUCAACACUGGAACUAUAAAUAAAGACGAGGUGAAAAAAAACAGACAAUCUGAUUAUUUUUUUCAUGCAGACGAAAACAUCGACUCAUUAAAACAAUAUCUAAUAAUAAUAACAGUUCUAAGGGAACAUUUAGGAUCACGUGUUGACAUUACAGUUGGGUUGUGAUAAACAUUUUCAAACCGGACCGGUAUCCUUUUUCCUUGUUUUAUCAGUUCACAUGUAAACGAUAUCUGCAAUGUCCUUUAUAGUUGCUCCUGAAGGCCAUCGGUGUGGACUGGAUGAUGAAUGUUAGUUAGAGUCUGAUGGUGGCACCUUGAUGGUAGCCUGUCAUCAGUGUGUGAAUGGGUGAAUGAUAUGUAACAUACAACUGACUGUAAGUCGCUUUGGAGAAAAGUGUCUGCUAAAUGACUGUAAUGUAAUAUAACCAUAAACUCAUGUGUUAAAGUAUUUGUAUAAUUUAUGAUGAAAAAAAAGCACAAAAAAGACAUCUGAAUUCUGCUUUUUAAUUAAAUACUGCCCACUAAAAUCAUUAAUGUAAUGUAGUAAAUUUUUUUAAUAUAAAGAAGAUAUUAUCAAAGGUGCUCAUCACAUAUUAUAGAUAAUUACUAUCAAUUUAAAUACAACGAUGAUCAAACUUCACUCAUUAUU